AAAUUGGGAGAACAAAGGCAUAUAAAAGGCAGAAAGUUAUCAGCUAUCCAAAAUUUUCUAUUAAAGAUCAAAAUAUGGGGGCUUUUUAUAACUUUGGUAAUAAUAGGAGGAGCUUCUUCCAUCAAGCCAAAAUGUGGGAUGUGUCCUACUAUAACUCCUAAAGACGUUGACGUAACUCGAUUGGUUGGCGAUUGGGAGGAAUGGGAACGUAGUACUAACGCUAAGGACGAGACUGAGAGUUGCGGAAAAUUAUCGUUUUCCGCACCCGACGCCAACGGCGAUGUAAAAUUGAUUUUUUCCGCAGCUUCUUCAAUAGUAGGAGGUAAUUCCGUACUUGGUGGUAUAGCAAGAUUUGAUCAAAAUAAAAUAACCAUCGAUCUUCAUUUGCCGGUUUUGGGAAUUAUCACAAAUAUGACCUAUUACAUGCUCGAAAACGAUUACGACAAUUAUUAUGUUGUGUGGAGUUGUCAACAAUUUAGAAAGGGAUACAUACCUACGGUUUAUGUCAAAGUUCGAAGUCUAGAUUCAGUAAAUGGUCUUGAGGCGAUAGUUAAAAAUGCACUUAAGAAACGUGGUCUUCCAAUGGUACAGUUGACCAAAGAAAAACGAGCUGGUUGCGCUGAUUGUUUCAGCGACGAUUAAAAAUUAUUUUAAUUAUUGUACUGGCGAUAUGUGCAAGCUUAAAAUAAAUUUGAAAUAAAUAAAU